AUGGCAUCCACUGAAUCUCAGAAGAAAACCAUCAGUUUUUCCAUCGACAGCAUUCUCAGCUCUACGUCAUCCAGAAAGGCAAGGCAGCAGCCUUGGAAAAUGCACUCGACCGCUUCCGAAGCGAUGACCUUUCCAGUUAUUACUUGUUCCAGAUCAGCUUCCAUUUCCAUCAUACCGUUGAUUGUUCCUGAAUACUCUGACCUGCGCGCUGAUGACCAACUGUCAGAAAUUAGUGAGGUUAGCGACAAUGUUGACGACAGCAGAGCGUCUCCUGGUUUAUCCCUCAAUGACUCUUCACAUCUUAUUCAAGAAAACAGCGUUGACUACACACGCCAAUCGAACGGAAGAAGGAGGAAGAAGUCUCGAACGGCCUUCACCUCCACACAGCUAGACGGCCUUGAGAAACGCUACCACGUACAGCGCUAUCUGUCGGUCAGCGAGAGAAGUGAUCUGGCUAUGGAGUUAGAAUUAUCCGAUCAACAGGUCAAGACGUGGUUUCAGAACAGACGAAUGAAGGAGAAGAGACAACGUCGUAGUGCAGGGAACACCAGCUCACCAGAACUUCCUUCAGGCGGCGCCUAUACUGGUUCUUCCGGUAUUUACUAUUCAGGCCAAACUGGAGAACCAAAGGCCAUGGAGUUCCCCGUGAUUUCACGCAAUCAGGUACUGCCCUCAAGUCUGGCACAUACUGAGCUGUAUUCAUACCCUAUGGGCUAUUACCCCGUGCCACAGGCCCAGCUAAGAGCUUCUUACUGA